AUGCAGCAGCAGCCACGCGCUAUGGCGGCAUUCGAAUCUCCUCUGCAGCCGUCACCGACUGCAGCAGCAGCAGCAGCAGCAGCAGCAACAACAGCAGCCAAAGUCCCUUCAAAAAGGAAGCACUCGCGAGGCGGAGACCCCACAGCAGCAGCAGCAGCAGCAGCAGCAAACCGAGACCUUCAUUUCAACUGGCUUGCUGCUCAGCUGCCAAAAGUCAAGGGGAUUUCUUACGAUGCUGCUGCUGCAGCAUGGACUGUUCGGCUCGACCCCCCGCAGCAGCAGCAGCAGCAGCAGCAGCAGCAGCAGGAGGGCACAGAAGCAGCUGCAGAUGCGCCCGCAGCAAGAGCGGCGGCCGACAGCAGCAGCAGCAGCAGCAGCAGCAGCAGCAGCAGCAGCAGCAGCAGCGUGCACUCGUUCAGCGUUGGGGUGUAUGGACUCGAGGGGGCUUGGCAAAAGGCUUGUGAGUUCAAAAGAGCAGCAGCAGCAGCAGCAGGAGAACAUGAUGUUGCUGCUGCUGUUCAAGCUGCUGCUGAUGCUGCUGCUGCGCUGCGCGCACACGUAGACUUGACCGCAGAAGCAGCUUGCAGCAGCAGCUCCCCCCCUCUUGCUGCUGCUGCUGCUGCUGCUGCUGCUGGCAGCAGCAGCGGCUACGCCUUCCCCUCGAAGCGCUUGCGGUACGACAGCAGCAGCAGCAGCAGCAGCAGCAGAAGCAGCAACUGCCUGCAGCUAGUUCCGACUGCAGCAGCGCAGCAGCUCCCAAGUGACACCCCAGAUGCAGCAGCAGCAGCAGCAGCAGCAGCUGCUGCUGCUGCUGCUGCGGCCCUUAGAAGGCAACCGUCUGCCGCCUUGCUGCAGCAGCAGCCAUCGUCCUUCCUGCAGCCUCCCGCAGCAGCAGCAGCAGCAGCAGCAGCUGCUGCUGCUGCUGGCGGGAGCGCAUUCUUCGGGCCCUUCGUAGCAGAGCAGCAGCAACGAGCAGCAGCAGCAGCAGCUGCCACUGUUGCGGCAGAUCCACAAAAACGUGCUGCCGCAGCUGCAGCGCAGCAGCAGCAAAGGUUUGCUGCUGUUGCUGCUGCUGCUGCGGGGCAACAAAUGCCACUGAACGUCCGCCAGCAGCUGCAGCAACAGCACUUGCUGCUGCUGCAGCAGCAACUGCAGCAGCAGCAAAUGCUGCUGCAGAAGCAACAGAUGCGACUGCGGCCCCAGCAAGAUGGAGCAGCAGCAGGGAGUGAAGGAGUGCAGCAGGAGCAGCUACAGCAGCAGCUGCUGCUGCUGCAGCAGCAACAGCAGCAGGUGCAACAGCAGCAGCAGCUGCUACUGCAGCAGCAGCAGCAACUGAGGCAGCAACCGUGGCUGAUGCUGCAGCCAAACGCCUUCCCAGGACCGUCACAGCAGCAGCUGCUGCUGCACCCGUUGCUGCAGGUGCAGCAGCAGCACCUGCUGCAGCAGCAGCAGCAGUACAGCGCGCCGCAGCAACAGCCACGCCAGCAGCAAGCGCUUCAGCAGCAGCAAAUGCUGCUGCAGCAGCAGCAGCAAGAUGUGUCGCAGCCUCAGACAGUAUUGCUGCAGCAGCAGCAGCAGCAAGAUGUGUCGCAGCCCCAGACAGUAUUGCUGCAGCAGCAGCAGCAGCAGAACUAG